CACAAUAAAGAAACAAUAGGCUGAAAACUUUCGGUGUGUUUGAACCAGCAUAUCACUUUGCUAGAAGUUUAACGGUUGUUUCUCUACUAAUCUAAUAUUCAGCUAUAUAUAUGCAACCAUGGCAUCCUUCAUUUUCAUCAAAAUCAAAAGCUUUUUUACUACUUGGUUCUUGGGUUAGAGCUUUUCUUGGAUACUAGCCAGUUUGAGCGCAGGAGCAGAAGAGAGAAUGAGUGUGGAAGUGUUGGACGGUGCCACCAUUGUCAGCUUUGUGGAAGAUGAAGAAGCAUUCAAUGGUUUGAUCCAUGACCGCUUUUCCAAUCUUGACACAAACCAUGAUGGCUUCCUCUCCUAUGCAGAGAUGCUGAAAGAGUUUCAGAGUCUGAGGGUCUUUGAAACACACUUCGGUAUUGAUGUUAAAAGAGAUCCAGAUGAGCUUGCUCACGUCUACGACUCCCUGUUUGUGAAGUUCGAUCAUGAUGCGAAUGGGGCGGUGGAUUUGGAGGAGUUCAGGAAGGAGACCAAACAGAUGAUGCUCGCCAUGGCCAACGGGUUGGGGUUCCUGCCUGUUCAGAUGGUCCUGGAGGAGGACAGCUUCCUGAAGAAAGCUGUUCAAAGGGAAGCCAUAAAAAUGGAUGCUUGAAUUGUUUGUUGAUUUUGUUGAGGCAUUUGAAUCGCUAGCGGACUUAUUUUUCUAUAUGUUCUCUCAAUUGAACGCCAUGUUUUUGCUUUCCUUUCCAUGUAAUUGCUGGUUAUAACUAAUGAAGAAAAUAGAGGAUUUCUUUA